UUUGGCUCCCAAAUCUAGCGAGACAGGGGAGUCCUCUUCUUCCCCAGUUCACGUCUACGGUCCCGUCCAUUUCCACGGCUCCGACCAACCCCCCAAUGCCCUCCAAACCCUAACCCACAGUCCCUGCCCCCUGGUGGCGAUGCCGGAUCUGAGCACCGUCUACCUCCCUCCUUCCCCGGAACUUCCUGUCGACGCCGCGGGGGACCUCGCCGACGACCACGCCGGGGAUGCCGCCGCCGCAUCGAUCGACGCGGCGCCCGCGUCUUCAUCUGCCUCUGUGGAGGACGGCGGCGGCGGCCCCCUCAUGCUCCCAGUGGAAUGCCGGUGGAGCGGCCGUGUCCGCACCUUCGACAUGUCGGGCGCGGGCGGUGCGGCCGCCUGCCCCGCCGCGCGGCGCGGCGGCGGCGGGGGGAAGAAGCCGCCCUUUGCUCCGUCACCCGGGCCGUCACGGGCGCAGGAUCCAGCGCCGGGUAAGACGCUCGAGGAACGCGUGAGCGAGUGGGCAGCUAGGAAGGCAGCGGCCGGCAUCCCUGCCCACCACUGCGUGCUGCCUUUCCUCACUGGCGCGCCAAAGGCGGUCGAAUGCUGUUUGUGCUCCAGGAUUAUUUAUGCUGGAGAAAAAAUAAAUUGUUCAGUUAGUCGCUGUCAAGAGGUCUUCCAUCUUAACUGUGCUGCGAAAGGCACUUCAAACUUCACCGCGGAAAGCUUCAGGUGCCCUAAACAUGCCUGUAUGGUUUGUAAGCAAAAGAUGUUCUUUUGGCGCUGUGGGCGUUGUACAGUUGCAGCACAUACAAAAUGUGCACCAUGGCCAGUGAUUCAUCUAAAAGAUGAUCAAGGAAGUGCAAUUUGCUGGAGGCAUCCUUCUGACUGGCUUCUGCAAAAUGAGAAUACUGACUUUACCAACAGCAUAGAGGAAGUGUUUCACCGGUUACCACUUCCAUAUGUUAAUGAAGACUUCAAUAUUGAUUCGACCAUUAGGGAUUUUGCUGAGGCUGUUUACAAGCCACCCCCCUAUACAUCCAUCAGGCGCAAUGUAUAUUUGAUAAAAAAGAAGCGCAUUGGUGUUCGUGCGGAUACUGGGUGCACGAACUGCCGAGCUGAUUCUACAUGCAAAGAAGACUGUGAAUGCAGGAUUCCUUUCUCUUUGAUUUUGGCGGAAUUCUACAGUAAUCUGAUCCUUCAUUCAAACCUCAUUGCCUAUAUUGUUGACGUAAGGGGUCUUUCGAUGAGUUGUUCCAAGAAUUGCCGCUGCUCAGAUCUCUGUACCAACAGGCCAUUCCGUAAGGAUAAGAAAAUUAAAAUUGUGAAGACAGAGCGUUGUGGAUGGGGUGCUGUUGCAUUGGAGCCAUUGGAGAAAGGUGAUUUUGUAAUUGAGUAUGUUGGUGAAGUCAUUGAUGACGCAAUAUGUGAACGAAGGCUUUGGGAUAUAAGAGAUCGCGGUGACAAAAACUUCUACAUGUGCGAAAUCAGCAAAGAUUUUACAAUAGAUGCAACAUUUAAAGGAAAUGCAUCACGUUUUCUAAACCACAGUUGUGAGCCCAACUGUAAACUCGAAAAAUGGCAGGUUGACGGUGAGACAAGAGUUGGUGUGUUCGCCUCUCGUUCCAUCAAAGUUGGAGAGCCCUUAACUUAUGACUACAGGUUUGUGCAUUUUGGAGAGAAAGUGGAGUGCCACUGUGAGGCACCAAACUGCCAGGGAUACCUGGGCAACCAAAUAAAGAACCCAACUCAGAACGCUCUUGCAAUUAAAGAAGAGCAAGAAAAGUCAUCUGAACAUUCGCCCAUACAACACGGCAGCUCUGCUUCAAUAUUACACUCAAUGACUCAUUUGUUACCUUGGACCAACCCCAACUGUAUAGAGGUCUCUUUUAACCUGAGAAGCAAAAGCAAAAUAACCCGGAUAUGCUGGGUCGGCAAGAGGAAGAGAACAUCCCUCGUGGCAUCUUACAACAAGCAUGCCAACGUUGGUGAGUGAAGUUCCUGCUGCGGAUAUCUGAUUGCCAAUCCCUUGGAGCUCCUGCUGAAACAGCAGGCAUAGGCUUGCCUGUACAAUAAUUGGUACAUUCUUUAUGUGCAAUUGGUUGGAAACAAUUCUUUCACAUUGCUCUAUGUGUUGUUACCUGCAACAUUCUUUCUUCAAUCUCAUAGGGAAUUCAGUCUGUUCACAGUUGUCAGUUUGCUGAAACCAUGUACUCAGAUUUUUUUCAUGCAACUUAUUGUGGUUGUGGCUCGCUAUCCUUGUAUAUGAGAUGAUGUUGCAAAACUUGAAACCCUUUGAGGAUGUUACAAGUAGCAUGCAACAUUAGCCGAA